CAAAAAUGGUUAGUGUGUAGAAUGAACAAAAUUAAAAAUAUAUAGAAUAGUGUAAUAUUGAUUAUAUAAUUGAUAGCUGAAUAGCUAUAUUACGGAAUAAUCAUGUAAAUAAUAGUAAAUAACAGGUUGAUGGAUUAAUUGAUAAGAUUAAUAGUAAUAAUUAUAAAUAUUUUAGAUAGAGUUAAUUUGAUUAAUUGGGUAUGGAAUGAAUAGAUAGUAUUUUGAGUUUUUAUCGGUAGAUUUAUAAAGAGAGUGAAUUUAGUGUAAAUAGUUGUGGUUUAUAUAAAUAAUAAUAAUCAGGUUAGUUAAUUGGAU